AAUAGUAAUCUACACUUUACUGUAGUGGCAGCAGUUAAACAUCUGAUACGAACUUCUGUGUGUUGAGUGUACAUCCAAUAUAAUUAUGUAUAAAAGUGCUAUUUUUCUACUUUUUAUUAUUAUCAACACAUCGAAUAAGUAUGUAAUCGCCGAAAAUGACGAGGAUAUAUCGACAGAUCUGUAUGUUAUCGAAGGAAAAGUAUUUCCAUGGGAAAAUGGAGCUCCAAGUGGAUGGCAAUUAAUGACUCAUGUCAUGGCUAAUGGUGGAGAACAUUAUGGUUUCUUAAGGGAGGAUGGAACGUUUAUUAUUUCAAAUGUACCGUCAGGAUCAUAUGUAAUUGAAGUUGUAAAUCCAAACUGUGUUUAUGAACCUGUUAGAGUAGAAAUUAACUCAAAGGGAAAAUUCAGAGCAAGGAAAGUUAAUUUGAUUCAGACGUCUCAAGUAAUACAAGUUCCAUAUCCAUUAAAAAUGAGACCACUCACACCAUUCCGUUAUUUCCAAGUUAGAGAACAGUGGAGAGCAACUGACUUUUUAUUUAAUCCCAUGGUUUUAAUGAUGAUAUUACCGUUAUUGCUAAUUAUGAUUAUACCAAAAAUCAUGAAUGACCCGGAAACUAGAAAGGAGAUGGAGCAAUUAAAUAAUUUCACCAAUUACAAUAUGCCAGAAAUGUCUGAAGUAAUAACAUCAUUCUUAUCUGGUGGGGAGAAACAAAAAGCAAAAGCAGUAAAAGCUGCAAAAAAGAGACAAUGAUUAAAAUGCUUAUAGAAUGUAUGUUUGCACUUUUGCUCUAGUCUUUUAAUUGUUAAUCAGAUUUCUAGAAAAAAUGUUAAACUCUUCUCACUUUUUUAAUUUUCAUGUAGUAUUGUUACAUUUGAAAACAGGUAACAGAGAAUUCUAUAAUGUUAUUUUAAUGCAACAAAAUAAAUAUAUACCACAUAUUAUAUUACAUAACUUGGUAUAAGUUAUAAU